UUAUAAUUAAUUCGAGGUACCUGAUACCUGGUACCUACAAUUUUUAUUAGAGUGCUAAAAGUACUAGGACAUUGCAUUGGUGAAGAUAAAAUGUUGCGAUUUAUAAUACUUUGUAUUUUGUUAUUCACCAAUAACUGCUCCGCAUCCGAUAAGUUCUCAUUUUGCAAAUUGGGCGAUGGAAAUUUUGACGACUGCCUGGCAAAAUCCAUCCAAACUGCUCUAAGGGCAAUAAAAUCAGGAUAUCCAGAAUAUGGUUUGAAAAAAUUCGAUCCACUUUUCGCAGGAAAUUUCACUAUUAAAGGCGGCACUGGACCAGUGCAAUUGGAUCAGUACCACAUCGAUGUCGAAAUUUUGGGUUUUUCGAAUUUGACCGUGAUUAAAGCACACUUCGACGACAAAAAAAAAUCCCUUCAAAUUUCCACCAAGCUCACUCGCAUGAUCCAGCAAGGUAAUUACGUGGUCGACGGCAAAAUAUUGGCUUUACCUGUAGUAGGAAAUGGCAAAUGUACUUUUUGGAUUGAUGAACUAGAUUUUCCAGUGACGAUGGACUUUCAAGAAACAAAAAAAGAUGACAAAACCUAUUUCAAAAUCACAUCUUUCAGGGUGGGUAUACACAUGAAAAAAAUGCAGAUGAAUUUUGAGAAUUUAUUCAACGGCAAUAAGUUGUUAGGCGACAAUAUCAACAGGGUGAUUAAUGAGAAUUGGGAUGCUUUGUUUAGUGACGUACGUACUUCUACUGAGGAAUGCUAUGCAGGAUUUCUGAAGAGAUAUGCUCAGGAUUUUUUUGAUAAAGUACCUGUUGAUGAAAUUUUUCUGAAAUAAAUGAAAUUUAAAUUUU